AGCACACAUAAGUAGAAUACACACACAGGUACACACACACACACACACACACACACAUACACACAGGUGGACUACACUCAGCUCUGAUUGUAGAUCUGCAGUGACAGGAACCCUCCCUGCUCCAGCCCUCCACACCUGCAGGGGGAGCUAGAACAUAAGGGUGAGUACACCUCUGGUUCCUCAUAGUGACUUCUGGGUCCUCAUACUAGCUCCUGGGUUCCCUAAUGAAUCCUGGGUUCUCAUUCUGCUCCUCGCUUGAAACCAUGUGUGAUGUAGCCUACUAUCUGACUAACACUCAUUUAGUCGAUACUUUCAUCCAAAGCAAUGAAUAGGAAAGGGAUCUGAACCUGCAACCUAUGAUUUGGAGUCAAAAGCUCUAGCUAUCCACUAUCCCCAAAACGCUAUAUGGAUGUUUUUAUUGAAUGCACUUUGCAGACCUAUGUGCUGUAUAGAACCUUUUGUACCAACAGAAGAAGCUUCUGAAGAAUAGGUUCCAUUCAGAACCCUUUCAGCUCAGAAAGAAUCAUUUAGGGGUCUGGACUGCACUCUCCAUGUCAUGAGAAGGGUUCUGUUUGGAACCUUGAGGUUGGAGUUGUGGAACACAGGUCAGUGUGUGGUCUCCUGACAGGAGAUCCUUGGCUGGAGUGAAGUGAUUCCUCUGUUGUGUAACCUGAGAGUGGCGUGUCCAGAGGUCAGCCUAGGCCUUGGCAUGUUAGGGGGGGUAGAUAAGGGAGGGGGUUUCUUUAAGUAUCUGUUCAGAGUCUGUCCAUAAAUCGACAUUUAUGACUGUGGAACUCAGGCUUACCCUGCUGGUGGAGCCGUGGAGGACACUUCACACAGUCUCCUUCCAAAAGAUAGAUUUGUCAUUCGUUGCAUUUUUUCCUGACGCUUAUCUAAUGUCGCCUUGGUCAAAACGCUGUUCACCCAACCCUAAACCCAACCCAACUCUGACCCUUACCUUAACCAACUCCAAACCCUACCUCCAAGUUAGGUUUGAUGUCAAUCCUAGAACCCCAAUGCUACCAACCCUAACUUCAGUGUUAACCCUGCCAACCCAACCCCAGGUGGACCAGAUGUUCGUCCCCCAGAAGGCAGCAGGCGUGUGGGUGUGUGUUCUACUCCAGCUCCUGGCUUCAGCUCGGGCCUACUCCUCUGGCCAGGUGACUGAGGUCUGUGGCAGCAUGGUGCCCCAACAUGGUGGCUCUGCCAACACCACCCACAGCCCAUACAGCCUGGCGCUCAACAGCACCAUCUUCAGGCCUGGAGGACACAUCGCUGUCACCCUCUCAGGGACAUCAGACUUUGAGGGUUUCCUGCUCCAGGCUCGGGAUGCAGCCAAUCAGAACGCAGGUGCUGUGGGCUCGUUCACACUGACCAAUCCCAAGCUCUCCCAGCUGCUGACCUGUGACCACAUCCAGGGAUCUGCGGUCAGCCACACCAGUGAUGCCCUGAAGAGGGAGGUCCGGGUGGUGUGGAACGCCCCCAUGGAUGCCCCGGACAUCAUCCAGUUCCUAGUGACGGUGGUAGCUAAGUACAGGGUCUACUGGGUGAAGCUCCCUGGUCCAAUCAUCUCCCAGAGUGGUGUGACGCCCCUCCCCCCUCGCCCCACCCCCACCCCCAGCAGUCCACCCCCCACCACCCCCUCAGUUCUGCCCGGCCCGUUCAGCUCAGAGGGGUGUGGCCAGUCUAAGUCCUGUCUGCAGGACCCUGCUGGCUGCGACCCGGAAGUGGAUCCUCUGUGCUACUUCCUGUCCUGGAGCCCGCGGGGUCAGGGGGUGGAGUUUGAGCUUAGCGGCCCGACGGAGGGAUACGUGACCUUUGCCCUCUCGCGGGACACCUGGAUGGGAGAUGACGACGUGUACCUGUGUGUGAGGGACAGGGGCGUGGUCUACGUCAAUGCUGCAUACGUCACAGGAAGGACCUCGCCUGUCGAUUCCUCAGAGAACGUUCUGACUGGCGUGUCGUGGCGGGCGGCGGAUGGGGUUCUCCAGUGUGGGUUCCGCCGGCCCGUGCAGGUUCCCCAGGACCCAGAGCGCUUCAGCCUGGACCUGCAGCACUACGUGUUCCUGGCCAACGGAGAGGCAGAGGAUGGGCAAAGUCUUCAUUCACACCAAUGUCUUAUCUCUCAAGCCAACGACUUCACUUCCUGUGAUGUCUCACAGGAACCGUGCCGGGUGCGUAGACACACUCGCCAGCCUCUCAUCUCCUCCCAGAAGGUAUCCAUGACUGGUCUCCCUCAGGUCCUCUCUGGCUCCCGCUCUCCAACCAUCAUGAAGUUCCACGGAGUGUUGAUGCUGCUGGCCUGGAUGCUGGCUGGCAGCACAGGCACCUUCCUGGCCAGCUACUACCGAGAGGCCUGGCCUGGCCACACCCUGCUGGGCCAGCGGCCCUGGUUCCAGUUUCAUCGAGGGUUGAUGGUGUUGACUGUGCUGUUGACGUCCGUGGCCUUCACUCUCCCCUUCAUAUACAGAGGAGGGUGGAGCAAGAGAGCCGGGGUCCACCCCUACUUAGGCUGCUGUGUCAUGGCCCUGACGAUCCUCCAGCCAAUCAUGGCUGGUCUCAGACCAUCACCUGACUCCCCCAGGCGGUGGGCAUUCAACUGGCUGCACUGGGGGGCGGGCUCUGUGGCUGAGAUCAUGGCUGUGGCGACCAUGUUUUUGGGGGUGGGUCAGCAGUCUUUGCUCCUCCCCCUGCCUUGGGCUACGGGCGUGCUGAUUGGCUAUCUGAUGUGGGUGUUCAUCCUUAGGCUCCUCCUCACUCUCCAUAAACGAGGCUGCAUCAAAACAUCGUCUAAUGAACAGCACAGGAUUCUGUCUAACCAAUGGGAGACCGGUUGCUGGAAUUCCUGCCUCAAGAUGGCUGCCCUGGCCACCCUGGUUCUGGGCAACGCUGGCUUCCUGGUGGCUCUGCUCUCCUGCAUCGCCGCCCUCUGAGGAAACCCACAGGGGGAGUUCCGGAACCUUCCGCCUGGUUCUAGAACACUGACGGAUCUGUGUAUGUGUUUGUGUGGAGGGGGGUUCCAGAACCCCAAAGACAGGCCAUGGUUCUAGAGCAUGUAUGGGUGUUCUAGAACACUAACCCAUCCAGAUAGAAUCCAUCAUCACGCUGACUUUGUGCCUACACCUACAUCAUCAACACUAAAUUAGAACAGCCUCGCUCAACACAGACUCUUCACCAUCAGUGUAUGAAACCAGGGGUUAAAUCAUUAUUAGAAUCAGACACAUACUAUUAAGCUGGAAGGGAAUUAUCCUUCUCCUUUUUCUCUCUGUCUCUCUCUAUUUCUUCCUGUCUCUCUCUCCCACCUCUCCUACUCUCCCUCCCUCCCUCCCCCGCUCUCUCUGUCUGCCUCUGCAGUUUGCAGCUAAACCAGUUCUGUUAAAUACAGAUGCUGAACUUGAGCCAUGCCCUGAACAGAUUACUGGGGUAUUAUUUGAAUCACAGGACUUGUCCCAGAGAGGAGGGGACUCUUCUCUCUUCUCCUCCACUAGAAGCAUCUUCAUCUUAGAAGGAAUCCACCAUUUACCCUAUUUAAUAUUGAAGAUCUUGAUGUAUAAUUAAAUUAUGAUGGAUAAUUAAAACUGCUCUCUGCAUUGAACCAA